UUAAACUCCUUUAUUUUUUUCUCCUGAGCAGAGCCGAGAACGAUUGAUGAUUCAUUGUAUUUUCAAGCCUCUCUGGCACAAAUCAAGGAAGCUCGGAUUCGGACAGACCACCGUCUCCGGUGCAUGCCCUAUCCUGCGCACUCCAUUUGCUUAUCCUACACAUUUUGGCUGACUUCGGCUGCUGCUCCGGCUCAUCUACUCAAUUAGUCAAGUAAAACAAAAGACUCUCUCUGUCUCUCGGUGUGGUUUGAGGGAGAGAAAGCUAAAGCAUAAAAAACAGUCGAGAAAAGAAAGAGAAUCAUGAGCUGUUUCAGCUGCUGUGAAGAAGAUGAAAUCCACAAGGCUGCCAAUAGCGGAGCCCCAUUUGUGGCAAAUGAUGCAGCAGGCAAUGGUGGAGGUUACCAUGCCACUGAAGCAGCACCUAAGGGUACUCAGCCUGUAAAAGUCCAGCCUAUUGCAGUCCCUGCCAUUUCAGUCGAUGAACUGAAGGAAGUGACAGACAACUUUGGAACAAAGGCUUUAAUAGGAGAGGGCUCAUAUGGAAGAGUAUAUUAUGGUCUUCUGAAAGAUGGAAGAGCUGCUGCUAUCAAGAAGUUAGAUGCCAGUAAGCAGCCAGAUCAAGAAUUUUUAGCACAGGUUUCCAUGGUAUCAAGGCUGAAACAUGAGAAUGUUGUUGAGAUGCUUGGUUAUUGUGUUGAUGGAAGCCUUCGUGUCCUUGCAUAUGAAUUUGCUACCAUGGGAUCUCUUCAUGAUAUUCUUCAUGGGAGAAAAGGUGUCAAAGGAGCACAACCAGGACCAGUUCUAUCAUGGGCACAACGGGUAAAAAUUGCAGUAGGAGCUGCCAAAGGACUUGAAUACUUGCAUGAAAAGGCACAGCCUCCCAUCAUUCAUCGUGACAUCAAGUCCAGCAAUGUAUUACUUUUUGAUGAUGAUGUUGCUAAGAUUGCUGAUUUUGAUUUGUCAAACCAAGCCCCUGACAUGGCAGCCCGCCUUCAUUCCACCCGUGUUCUUGGAACUUUUGGUUAUCAUGCUCCAGAAUAUGCGAUGACUGGACAGCUUAGUUCAAAGAGUGAUGUUUACAGCUUUGGCGUUGUUGUGCUGGAGCUCUUGACUGGGCGUAAGCCUGUUGACCAUACGCUACCACGGGGACAACAGAGUCUUGUGACAUGGGCCACACCAAGACUUAGUGAAGACAAGGUGAGGCAGUGUGUUGAUGCAAGACUAGGUGGAGACUACCCUCCCAAGGCUGCUGCUAAGAUGGCUGCUGUAGCUGCGUUAUGCGUGCAAUAUGAAGCUGAUUUUAGACCCAACAUGAGCAUUGUGGUUAAAGCUCUCCAGCCACUGUUAAAUGCUCGGUCUGGACCGCCUGGUGAAACCCCAAACUUGUGAUCUCUCUAUCUCUCUCUCUCUCUCUCGUUAGUUGGGGCCAGAUUAUGGAGGUGGUUUUGUAACAGGGUGGUUGUAAGUUGUGCCAACAUUCUAUACACUUCAAUUAUUUAAUUUUCAAAUUUUUCCGGGUUUAUUUUUUUUGAAAAAGCAUGUAAAAUCUUAUCACCAACCUACUGUGGAAGUAUUUUUUUUUUAUUAUGGUGGCAUUCCGCUUUUUCAUCAGAGAA